GAGAACAAAGAAAUAAGCGAGUAUAAAAUCCCCCUAUGAGACACAUCUCCGUCAUUCACUGACUCCACUUCAUCCCGCUCACAUCCUCCGCCCUCUCUAUACCCAAGGUGUGCUCAAGCGCGGUCAAACUGCGAGUCCGCUCCGAAUCAAAAGAUGAUGCCGUCUCUUUGGUUUUUCUGUAGCAUCUUUGCGUUGCACCUCUUGCUCUGCAUUCAUUCUCUGCCAGUACCGGAGUGGAGAGCCAGCAACAGGUACAAAGCCGCGGCGGGAUGGCCUCAGAAGACUCACCCAUAUGGCCUGAAGAAGACGACAAGAUUUGAUCAUACUCAGGACACUCUGAAGGAACAAUUGCACCUGUCGGGAGGUGUCUAUCCAGAGACUGUGUUGUCAUGGAAUGGCACAGAGUCAAUCUGGAAUCGGCCUCGCUGUGGUGUUCCAGACUAUCCUACUCAGAAGCAAAGUGGCAUCUCGGACUACCACAUGCAGAAGGGGGGCACCUUCGGAGGAAAGCAGCGGCGGAAGCGCUUCGUUGUCUUUGGGGGGCGCUGGGACAAGACUGACCUCACCUACAAGAUCAUGCGCUUCCCCUGGCAGUUGAGUAAUGAGAAAGUCCGUCACAUCUUGCAGGAGGCUCUGCGUGUGUGGAGUGAAGUCACACCCUUGAAGUUCACUGAGGUCAGCAGUGGGAGAGCUGACAUCAUCAUCGACUUUACCAGGUACUGGCAUGGUGACAACCUGCCUUUCGAUGGUCCUGGAGGCAUUCUGGCCCAUGCCUUUUUCCCCAGAACUCACCGGGCAGGCGAUAUCCACUUUGACUAUGAUGAGAGUUGGACAGUGGGAAACAGCAUGGGCACGGAUCUCCUGCAGGUGGCGGCCCAUGAGUUUGGCCACGUCCUCGGCCUCCAGCACUCCCUGGUCGAAGGAGCCGUCAUGUCCCCCUUCUACAGCUUCUCCUAUCCCCUGGAGCUGAGCGACGAUGACAAGCAGGGCAUCCAAUACCUGUAUGGUCCGCUGCAAAAAGCCCCGCCCGUCAUCACAGAGACCAAUGAGAUCGAAACAACUGUGCCAGAUCCCUGCAGGACUAACUUUGAUGCCGUGUCAAUGAUCAGAGGGGAGAUGUUCUUCUUCAAGUCCCGCUACGUGUGGCGUAUCCGUGAUGGCCAACUGCAGGCGGGGUACCCGGCGCUAGCAACACGCCACUGGAGGGGGAUCCCCGACAACAUCGAUGCAGCCUACGAAGACAAGACGGGAAACAGCUGGUUCUUCCAAGGUGACAGUUACUGGGUGUUUGACGCGGAGAGGAGGAUCACGGGGCCGGACUCAGUGCGUCGGCUGGGCCUUCAAGUGUCGGACAUCCAAGCAGCCCUCAUGUGGGGUGAGGACAAGGCCCAGAAGACCUACCUCUUCAAGUCGGGCACCUACUGGCGCUUCAGCCCCCUGGAGAACCGGGUGGACACAGCACACCCUCGUAGCAUGCAGGAUUGGAGGGGCAUCCCCAAGGACAUUGACGCAGCCUUCCAGGACCGAUAUGGCUUUGCUCAUUUCCUGAGUGGGAGACAGUAUUGGAAGUUUGACCCCGUGGAGGUGAAGGUUCUGGAAGGAUACCCCCGCUAUAUCGGCAUGGACUUCUUUGGCUGCCCUGCUUCCUUUUAUCGAUAAAGCCAGGAAGAGUCCAUAUCGCCCCAAGAGGUGAAUGGAAUAUCAGGGCCAUCUUUAUUUUUUUGCUCUUAAGACUAAUGUUGUUCCACUGGGACUUUAGACUGAUACAAUUACAUCAUUGUGUAACAUAAACAGGAUGACUGUUGAUUUUGGUCUAAUGGAGGUCAGGACUUGAUGCUAUUGGUUGAAACCUUCAUUAUGACCCCAGUCUGAGGUGAGGGGCAGUCUGAAGACCAAUAGAAAUUAAGGUCAUAAUUCAAAGGGUGAAUUGAGGACAUUUAGUUUCAUCAUCAUCCACAAUAUGAUAAUAGCUGGUUUGAAAUCGAUGCACACUGUUUGAGAGAUACGUUAAAGAGCGAACGGCCAGCUAACAGAAAAACAAUGUACCCAACUGGUAUUUGUAAAUGGACAUUUUCAUUCAAGAUAAGUAACUUCAAUACUUUUGUUCAGGAUAAUCAUAACCCAAUUUUAAUCAAUAGGCAGCUUUUUCUCAAGACGAAUGCUUACCUUUGCAUCAAAUAAUAAGUUUUAGUAUGCUAUAUGUUUUUAUUUUUUCAGAACAAAACCUUUUGUAACUGUCUUUAGCCUCUGGUACAUACUUUUAAAUGCCAUGUUAAAUAGUAACAUUUUACAUAGGCUCAUCUUUUCAAAUCCGUAGGAACAGUGUAGUUACAGUAUUAUUUCAAUACUCUAUGAGUACUUUUCUCUAUGAAGGGAAAUGUAAAAAAAAUUCUACCUCAUAUUCAUCAUCUCCAGCACCAACCCAACAUCAACAUAUGUGAAAAUGGCGCAUUUCUAUGUUUUGUAUAAAAAAAUAUAGAGGAAGCUUAAGUGUGUCACAUGACAUCAUCGGUGUGCAUCAUGUGAUUUUUAACCAAUUAUGAGUAGGCAUUGCCUACUAAUUGUCUACUAAUUGGUUGAUGAUGUCAUUGGAAACACUUAUUUUCCUCUAUAUUUUUUAAUACAAAACAUAGAAAACCACCAUUUUCACAUACAGUAUGUUGAUGUUAGGAUGGUGCUGGAGAUGAUGAAUAUGAAGUUGAACAUUUUAGAUAUGUCCCUUUUAAAAACUACAACCGGUGCACUAGAAAAGUGAGGUGAUAGUUCUAUGUUUCUUAUUGGUGCUCAUCGCCCUUUCCAUCGACAGCCAAUGAUACUAUUCUCAGGAAAAAGUACAUUUAACAAACUAGACCCUCUGAAUUGUUUUUUUUUGCUUGAUGUUUAGCCUCGAUUCUUAUUUAUUGCUGUUUAUGUGUUGUCAAAAAUAUUUUACCCACAGAUGAGUCUCAAGUAUUUAUCUGUGCAGUCCUGCUUCCUUUUCUGCCAUUGUUUAGACAAAACCCAUCAGGUAGCAGUGUAAACCUAUUUGAGAGGGACACACAUUUUCUCUCCGGCCUCACUGAGCUUUAUAUUUCACACACAGCUGCUAAAACUGACUCAACAAUGAAGGUAAAGAUGUACCUCAAAUAGAGGGCUUUAUCUUUAACAGUUAAAGGGAUAUUUCACUCCAAAAUCAAUGUUUGAUAGACUUUUUUAUACCUCAAAAGUAGGCCAUCUGUUUUGUAGAUCCAGCCAUAUGCCACUAUCCAAAAUGAAAGGUGUUAAUGCAUAUAGCUGGAGGAGUGUAGAUUCAUCUUGACAUUAGACUUUUUUUUUUCUUCUUUUUUUGGUCUGAAAAGAUCUGACAAAAUUUGAUUUGGGAGUAUAACGUCCCUUUAUUGAUGUGAUGAUUUUACAGUGGUGAAAGCCAAGCAUUGCAUAUCCAAAGUUGUCACGGUGAUACCUCAUCACGUAAAACGUCCUUCAGUUCUUUUACAAACUGCUCCUUCCAAGAUGAUGCUGUAAACCUUAUUCAUGUUGUAGCGUGGAACCAUUUGUCAUGCAGCAAGCCUCAAUUGCUAGUCAUUGAUGCUUCCAUGUAUCAGUGCAGGCCACUGAUACCAUUUCCUCACUCUUUUUGAUAUAUUGUGAUGUCAUUGACUGCAAGAUAACUAUUUCAUAAAGCUUGCACUCGUAGUUUUGGUGUGAGAGCAUUGUCUGUAGAAUUAUGUCUCGCGAACACUGUUUUUUUUACCAUGUAUCCAGCAUAACAACCUGACCAUUUAUCUUUCCUAGAAUAGUUUUUUUAACCGAAAUAUAUAUUUACUAUGUAAAUCAUUUAGUAUAAAUUCUUUGGUCCCAAUAAAAAGCCUCUUGGUUUAAAUGAA